GAAGAAGAUUUUCGUGAGAUUUACCCUUCUAUAGACUACAUUUCCCAGAAUGCAUUGUCACUCAUACCGGAAGUCGGACCUACAAUCUAAUCGUCCUUUGCCGAAAACGUUUACCUUCGAGAUACAUAAGGUAAAUGUAAAAAAGGUGUAUCGUAAAGCCAGAAUGAAGAAGGAACAUGAAGAAGUCAUUUUGAAAGCAUGUGGAGCAAAGUCUCUGCAGAUUGGGGCAAAGAUUCAGACGUUGUGGAGCGGUUAUGGUGAAAUAUUAAGAGUCCACUUGCAGGGAUGUGACAGACCCUCUGUUGUUGUAAAACAUGUGAAGUUUCCCCAAAACCUGAAACAUCCAGGAGGCUGGACCACAGACAUCUCUCACCAACGUAAAGUGCGAUCCUAUCAAGUAGAAAGUUAUUGGUACCAAAACUACACUGCUAAUGAACGAUGUCGAGUUCCCAUUUGCCUGGAUGCCCAGUCAUUUGGUGAUGAGCAGUUAAUUGUGCUGGAGGACCUAGAUGUGGCCGGUUUCCCAGAUAGAAAAACCAGUGUUAAUGAUGCUGAAAUAAAGGCAUGUCUCAGUUGGAUUGCCAACUUUCAUGCCCUGUUUCUUGAUGUAUCUCCAAAAGGACUGUGGCCUGUAGGGACUUACUGGCAUUUAGAAACAAGACCUGAAGAGUUAGAAGCCAUGUCUGAUCAAAAACUCAAAGCAGCUGCUGCAGAGAUAGAUAACAUCCUCAACAACUGCCAUUUUAAGACAAUUCUGCAUGGUGAUGCGAAACUAGCUAAUUUCUGCUUCUCCCAGGACGGUUUACAGGUUGCAGCUGUUGAUUUUCAGUAUGUUGGUGGAGGGUGUGGGAUAAAGGAUGUUAUUUACUUCUUGGGCAGCUGUAUGAACGAGAGAGAGUGUGAAAAGAGAGUGCCUGGGCUUCUAGAUCACUAUUUUUCAGAGCUACGGAUAAGCGUUGGCAAAAAAGCCAAUUUCCCAGAGCUGGAGAAAGAAUGGCGAAGUAUGUUUGCUUUCGCUUGGACAGAUUUUCAUCGCUUUCUCCUUGGAUGGAUGCCAGGACAUCACAAGAUUAAUAAGUAUAGUAGGACACUUGCUCAGGAGGUUUUAAACAAAUUGAAGCAAUCUCAAUCGAUGUGAAAUGCAGGAGGCAGAUGGAUGUGGCUUGAGUUUUGUACUGAAACAAGAGUCGCCUAGAAAGGAAUCUUGUAAUGUGGCUGUAUGUUUCAGAACUGGUUGUAUUCUGUAUGUAAUGUGAAUGCACUUGUUUGUGAGAUAAAAAAACAUUUACAUUCUUUGUUUUCCUUUCUACUGUAGCCUUAUACAAUUAAUUCAGAAUUGGUUGUAUUCUGUAUUAACAAAUAUGUAUUGAUUAACAGUAAAGAUAAAGGAUACCCAUCUACAUGUAAUGGUAGCCAGCUGGUAGGUAGCUGUGUGAAAACCUCACUUUCCUGGCCUCAAGUGUCCCACUAGCGACUGACGCUAGAGGCUGUAACAUUUAGCCUCCUUGUUGGUGUGCCUGCCUCCCAUGCUGGAGACACCAGUUUGAAUCCUGCUCGGAGCAGGUUGAGCAGGACUGGUUACAUACUCAUUGCUACACAUACAAAUGUUUCAUAAUAGAAAUAUUUUAUAAUUACAUUGUUCUGAUAAAGAGAUAAUUGGAAACUUUCUUCAUCAGUAAUGCCAUAAGGAUGACUCAAUAAUUUCCUUUUGAAUUAAUUAUUAAGUUAGGAUAUGCCAAAAGAUCAUCAUAAUAAUAAUUAAAUCAUAAUUAAUAUGCUGUAUUCUGCUCCAAGAUAACAUGCAUCCAUUUUGCAUCUAUCUGUUCUGUCUUCU